GCGGGGGGAGGCGCGGAGGCGCUGCAGACAAAGAAUGCGCUUCCUGCGCCCUCCCGCGCCGCCCCGGGCGGAGAGGAAACCGGGCGUGCGCCGCCGCGGCGGGACGGUGGGACCGCUCCUCCUGAAGUCCGGACUGUCCGGUUGGGACUCGGUUUGGCCUGGCGCUUUCUCCCUCACCGUAUUUAAGGUCUGCGAGGAGCCAGCGGGCAGCUUCGGAAGCCGCCCUGGUGGUGGCACCAGACCGACCUCUCAGGUAGCCUGACCCCUACGCCUUCCCCGCCACCUGCGCUGUCCAUGGAUUUUGUUGCUGGAGCCAUCGGAGGUGUCUGCGGUGUUGCUGUGGGCUACCCCCUGGACACGGUGAAGGUCAGGAUCCAGACAGAGGCCAAGUACACGGGCAUCUGGGACUGCGUCCGGGACACGUAUCACCGAGAGCGGGUGCGGGGCUUCUACAGGGGCCUCUCGCUGCCUGUGUGCACCGUGUCCCUGGUCUCAUCCGUGUCCUUCGGCACCUACCGCCACUGCCUCGCGCACAUCUGCCGGGUCCGCUACGGCAGCGCCGACGCCAAGCCUGCCAAGACCGACAUCACGCUCUCGGGGUUUGCCUCUGGCCUCGUCCGCGUGUUCCUGACCUCACCCACCGAGGUGGCUAAGGUCCGCCUGCAGACGCAGACUCAGGUGCAGCAGCGGCGGCGGCCCUCAGCCUCGGGGCCGUCAGUGCCCUCGGCCGUGCCUCCCACCUGCCCCGGGCCCAGGUUCCGGGGGCCGCUGCACUGCCUGGCCACGGUAGCUCGGGAGGAGGGGCUGCGCGGCCUCUACAAGGGCAGCUCAGCCCUGCUCUUCCGGGACGGGCACUCCUUUGCCACCUACUUUCUCUCGUAUGCCAUCCUCUGUGAGUGGCUGACUCCCACCGGCCAAAGCCGGCCAGAUGUCUCGGGCGUGCUGGUGGCCGGUGGCUGUGCCGGGGCACUGGCCUGGGCUGUGGCCACCCCCAUGGACGUGAUCAAGGCGCGCCUGCAGGCGGACGGCCAGGGCCGCCAGCGGUACCGCGGCCUCCUGCACUGCGUGCUGACCAGCGUUCGGGAGGAGGGGCCGCGCGUGCUCUUCAAGGGGCUGCUGCUCAACUGCUGCCGUGCCUUCCCCGUCAACAUGGUGGUGUUCGUGGCUUACGAGGCCGUGCUGAGGCUCACGCGGGGCCUGCUCACAUAG